AUGAUUGUCUCACACGAACACAAGAUGGAAACCAUCACAAUCGUCCCUGUGACUAUUCCAGAAGAUGGCUCGUUGACCAAGGCCAUGGUCAAAGAUAUUAUCAGCAAGUUUCUCACCAACGAGUGGCCAAAUGUGGACCCAGAAACCCUCGUUGUGACACGCAAUACCGGAUACGCAAACACAAACUGUGUCGUGGAACGACCGAAGCCAAAGGGCGCCACACAUUCCGAGCCCCUCAAGGUAUUCCUCAAGAUCCACGGCGAACUCGACGGAGAAAUCGCAAUCUUCAAGCACUUGGUUCCCAAUAAACACGAAGAGGCACAACUAUGCUCUGAUUACGCUCAAUCAGGUCUUGGAGCCAAGGUGUAUGGGUUCUUCCAGACACAAGAUGGCGUUUUCGGAAGAAUCGACGAGUUCUUAGAUGCGCGCAAUUUGAAGCCGGCAGACGUGGAAGACGCACAUAUCCGAGCCGAUAUUGCGAGAGAAAAUGCCGUUUUACAUACCAUGGCGACACAACGGACGAAGAAACCGGUUCAGCUAUAUUACGAUGCAGUCACCGGAGAGCUUGCAAAAUAUCAUAAGAUGGCCAAGCUAAAAAGACUAGCCAACGAAGGAGGCGUUAAUAUGGACGGUCUUGUUGAUUAUGACUUUGUGUAUCGAAUAAGACGAGUCACAGACAGGCUGGAAUCUAUCGGAGGGAAAAAGGGAUGGUGUAUCCACGAUGUUCAAUUCAUGAAUACGAUGGUGAAAAACAGCCCCAAGCAAGGAGAAAGCAAGGUUGUCCUUAUAGAUUUCGAAUUCGUCUUUCAAAAUUACCGAGCGUUCGAUAUUGGUGGGCACUUUUUGCAAAAGAUGUUCCUGUGGUUUGAUGAGGAGGACAAGAUUGCGAACUGCCGACCUUACACGGAAGAGGAGAAGAGGCACUUUUGCGAGGAAUAUGCAAAGAAAUGGAACGAGCAGACUGGUGACUCGGAUACAGGGGAACAAGUUUUUAUGGAAGCUGAGCUCGGGUUCAUGCUGGCUAUCACGUUUGAAAUCCAUAACAUGCUCUGUUUUAUGGAUCAGGAUGAUGACAAGGACCCGUUGAACAUUUUGGGGCUUAACAAGCUGUUUGGAGAGUUUGUCAAUCAGUAUAAAAAGCUUGGACUAGGGAAUUAA